UAUGGUCUUACUUUUGCAGGUUUUUGAAGGAGGACUUUUACCGGUUGAAGUAGCCUAUUUCUAUACACUAGUAGUACUUGAGGGUUGGGUUCAGAAGCUGCAGUAAAAAUGCAUACAUCUCACUGGUAUUUGGUCAUACGGGGUGUAAAGUGUGCAACCAAAAAAGAAGCCCACUAUGAGUAAAAGACCGCGCAGUUAAAAUUCCACAGUUGAAAAAAACUGCCGGUAUUAGUCUCGUGGGCAUCUUACAUCUUAACAGAGCGAAUGACACAGGUUUACACACCUGGUGGCAAUUACACCCAUGGCGAACGGCAGCACGAGGGGCUGUGUGCGCGCAUGUUGCCGAGUUCUGGUUGGGACCCACUCGGGAGUUUUGGAGGAGAGGGGAGGGGGUCUUUUUUUCGGAGGGGCAGUGCUACAUUCAAAUGUUCUCCGUCUUUCAACACACGCCUCGUUCCGGCUGCGCCACUCUGCCGUCGAGCUUCUGCUGAGGAUGAACACGAACACACACACACGCGCACACACACGCACACACACACACGGGGCAACGCUAGAAUAGACAAAGUAACCGCGUUCAGUUUGAGGAAAUAUGGUGUUUCUCGGUGGGAAUGAUGGACGCAGUAGACUCCAUUGAUCCGUACAGCCGACCGGCGCGCAGGACACAAUGGGUGGUCAGCACUCUGGCGUACCAUUACGGACUGGACCGGGGAGUGGAGAACGAGAUUAUAGUUCUGGCUACCGGCUUGGACCAGUACCUGCAGGAGAUUUUCCAUCAUAUGGACUACCAAGGCGGGGGAAAAAUCCCUGUCGAGGACUUCAACAUCUUGUGUGAACUUCUGGGACUGGACAAAGACUCGGAGGACACCGAGAGCGCCGGCCUUUUGGAGGACUUGCCCGGCGAGCUCACCUUCAGGCACUUCCACGCCAAGCUGUGCGGAUACUUCAGCACCAAGGCGGGGCGCCAGUACGAGAACGGCCGGCUGCUGGUCGGUAAGGACAGCGAGCACAUAGAGACUCAGAUCCGCCUGCGGAGCCCCCUGAGGCGGCGGGAGAAGCUGCUGUGCGAGGGCGCGCGUCGCCGCUCGGGGGGCCGGCACGCCUCCGGCCGCAGGCUCGCCUCCUGCACCGAGGAGUGCUACGAGGAGAUAGUGGCGCUGGAGGAGGCCGAGGACCGGGUAGCGACGCUGGAGGACGAGAACGCCAGUUUGCGCGAGCUCAUCGAGGACAUGCGCGCCGCCCUUCAGAGCAGCGACGCGCGCUGCUUGGCUCUGCAGGUAGGACUAUGGAAACGCCAUUCGAAGCAUAAACCGGAGGACGGUGUUCUUGCCGCCCACCAGAAACAAGUGGCCCAGAAGAGUUUGAGCAACCUGAAGAGCUUGCAGAGCAUCAUCCACGAGAUAGAAGUGCUGCGGAGCUCCAGGGACCUACAGGUGGAGGAGGCCAUGUUGUGUAACCAGAGACUGGAGCAGGAGCUGUGGGCCUCCAAGCAGACGGUGGUGGCCCUGGAGGAAUGCAACCGAGUCCUGAAGAGGGAGCAGGUGGGCAUGAGGAGGAAGGUGGAGGAGGCCAGGCAGGCGCUGCUCAGUGGCCUUGAUAAGGUGAAGGAACUGGAGGCCGAGGCCAGCAAUGUGCCGACGCUACAGAGACUCGUCCUCCAGCUGGAAUCAGAGCUCCUCUUCUACAGGUUGGAGGUGUCGAAACUACAACUCCCGAGCAGCGCGGGGUCGGAGCAGCAGCAGCAGCAGCCGCCUGGCGCUGGCAGCAGGCCGGGUCCCCGAUGCUGCUCGGACCCCCAACGCGACCGAUGUUCCCCGACGGGGCGCGCCAUGACCACGCCGGAUAAAAUGGACGAGCAGCUGUUUCGUUCGGUGGAGGGCCAGGCGGCGUCAGACGAGGAGGACGACAAGUGGACCGAGGAUCAGCAGCGGCAGGUGGACGAGGUGAAGAGGAUCCUGACCAGGCUGUCCUGCUGUGGGGAAAGGUGCCACGACGAGGCGCUGAAGAAGCGGAUGUCCAGUUACGGAAGCUGGCGGAGCGAGGAGAGCUGCGGUGCCGUGCUGGAGCUCCUGGAGAGGGUGACCAUGUUGCAUAAGCACCUGGAGUCGAAAGAGAGCCACGCAGAGAUGGACAUGGACCAGAUGAAGGACUCUCUGGUGCAGGAGCUCCAGCAGAAGGCAGAGGAGACGGAGCUGCUCCAGGUGGAGCUGCGGAUGCUGGAGACAGAGAGGGUUCGCCUGUCGCUGGUGGAGGAGAAGCUGGCGGACAUCCUGCAGCUGCUGCAGCAGCUCAGGGACCUGAACGUCUCGCGGCGGUCCCUCGGGAAACUCUUGCUCAGCACUUUGGGUUCCUGCAGCGACCCGCAGCACGGCAAAGCCCACAUAGUGGAGGUGCUGAACGCUCUCUACCAUGAACUGGCCGCCUGCGAGGUCCUGUCCACUGGGGGGGCUCUGGGGCCCAGUCAGCGGUCUGGGAACGGCCUCUUCAUCUCCUGCUAAUCAAGAGCGCCUCCUGCUGGCCAACGCCGCUCCCCAGAGGAUUCCUGUGCAUAGUGUAUUAUAUUGCAGCUCACGUACUAAGACCCCACUAUCUAUCAGGGAAUAUCCAUCUAGAACUUGUAUUGUAUUAUUACAUAUUAACGUAAGUCCUGCAUAGACAUGUAUUUUCGAGACCUUGUGAAUGCACAUAACUCUCUCACAUAACUUUAAAAAAAAUAAUCCAAAUAGUUGUUUCUCUUGUGUUCAUUACUUAAUUAUAGGUGAAAAAAAGUCUUGCCAUUUUAUUUCUUGCUGACUUGCUAACAUAUGUAUGUUUAUGUGUGUGUGUGUGUGUGUGUGUGUAUAUAUAUAUAUAUAUUAUAUAUUGUUCAUAACACAAGGUGGCCAAAAUUAGUAUUGCAACAACAAACACUAUUACAAAAACAUAAAUUUUAACCUGCUUAAACUUUUUUUUUCCACUGAAACAAUGGACGUGCGCCAAUACGUUUUUCAUAUAUGCCUCCUGUACUCAUGAUCCUACCUUGACUUUUUUUCCCCACACAACAGAGUUCUGAAUGUAAAAUGUUGAAAUAAUGAAAACCUUAAAGGGGCAUGAAGUAGUCUGUGACUACAAAGUCCUUUUAAGAGUUCACAGAAUUUAAAAGCAAAGUGCAUCUCGUUCAUGCACUUCAUUCAUACCAUUGAUAAGAUCAAAUGUAUUGGGAGAUUUUGGCAAGGCGUGGAGGAACCUUGGUGCGUACUCUCAAUGUCUCGCUAAUGUGUGACAUUGCAUUCAGGUACUCAUUGCUCAGAGCUGUAUGCAUCACGUGAACAGGACCGAUCAAAAUGUAUAAACUGACCUGUCAGAAUUUUUUUUUCACCUCAUACUGUAAAAAAGUGUUUGUUUAACUGACCUCUAAAGUCCACCUCUUGGUGCUGAAGUUGU